AUGUUUUGCAGUGGCCUUGUCAAAAGUGCAGAAUAUGAAAAAAAAAUUAUAAGGCGGAGAGCUCAUCAAGGAGAAUUUCCGUACAUUGUUUGCAUCCGGAGCAAGUACUACAAGUGCGGCGGUGUCCUCGUCAAGUUGAACAAUGCGCUGACUGCGGCCAGUUGCUUCCAACUAAAGAAUGAGAGGGACAGGAAGACAUUGGUAGCGAUAGGGGGCACUGUCCACCUUCAGGAUAGAACCGGACAAGAGAUUGUAAUUUCGUCCUUCAUUAAGCAUGAAAAGUUUCUUUACAUAGAGAAUAAUAAUAUCGUCGAGACUCAUUACGAUAUCGGACUGGCAACGUUACUAUACUCGUUCGAAGAGAACCCCAACUUGCAACCUUAUGGGUCUUUUCCGUUUGAGACUGCAGAGGAGAUGAAGACCUAUUUACUUGAUAUCGCCAACCAGGGUAGAAGGUGUGUGACUGUGGGUUAUGGAUUUUUAACGAAAAAAUUGGCCGAGGCACCAUAUUUACACGUUGUCGAGGUAAAUAUUUUGCUGAACGAUAGUUGUAAUAAGGUAGAAAACAAAACGGAUCCAGUUAUAUGUACGAAAGCCGUUCGAAAAGAGACGAACACGACUGGCAAUUAUGCCAAUAAUGGCAAAGGCAAUCCGCUCAUUUGCAAUGGUAAAAUCCUUGGUAUCGAUCGUGGCUUCUCCAUCGAAGAGGAUCGUGUUAUAAUCAUAUUUACGCCGAUUUGGCCGUACCUGAAUUACUUUAAAUUACCUCUGGCAAUUUCGUCCGGAAAUGUUUCAGUGCAAAGUGUCGUUCUUCAAGCCUCUCUUUUAACCCUAGCCGUAAUUUAUGUAGUCAGACAAUAA